AUGCCUGUGUCUACACAAAUCCAGAAUAAUGCUAGGACGUUCCCCAUAAGCGACGCGCACCAGCAACCCCCGGCUGAUGCGAGAAAUGGACAAGGGUUACCACGACAACCUUGUAUAAAGAAGCUAGUGGAACUCAAGUUCGCCAGCUGGAACGAAGUGAGAAGGUCCUCGCGGGAGCUGACCUCAACGGACAUGUCGGCAAAAGACCAGAUGGGUACCAAAGAGUUCAUGGUGAUAGACUACGUGAUGAUAAAAAGAGCGGACCUGAAGAGAGUCAGGAAUUGUAAGGUCACUCCAGGAGAGGCAGUUGUGGCACAGCAUAGACUUCUAUGUAUGGUGCUCAAGAUCAGACAAGAGAAGAAACGAAAGCCAAAAACACAGAAACGGAUCAAAAUCUGGACACUGAAAGGGGACAAUAUCAUAGAGUUUCAGGAAAAAGUGAUAGAAAAACAAGUACCACAAACAGGGACAGCGCAAGAAAACUGGCAGUCCAUGAAAAUUGCCCUACUGGAAGCAGCAGGAGAGGUGUGUGUUACCACCAAAGGAGGACGAGAUGAAGACCUGAGAGAGGCGUAUAAAGAGGCCAAGAGAGAACCUAAAAUAGCGUUGGCCAAGGCCAAGGAGGAGGCUUGGAGGGAGUGGUACGAGAAGAUGGAAACCAAGGAAGAAGAGAGAAUAAUAUACAAAGUGGCAAAGCAAAGAGCACAAAGUAGACAGGACGUGGGAGAAAUAUCUGUGAUAAAGGACAAAGAUGGAGUCUUACUGACAGAUGAAAAUAAGAUCAAGGAAAGAUGGAGGGAGUACUUUAGCAACCUGCUGAAUGUGGAAAAUGAGUGGGACCCACUCCAGGAGUGCCCACCGGUUGAAGGCCCCUUGCCUGAUAUAAACGAGAAGGAAGUAGAAGACGAAAUUAAGAAAAUGAAGUGCGAGAGGGCAACAGGGUGCUAUGGAAUACCAGUGGACCUGCUAAAACACCUAGGCAAGGAUGGAAUCCAGAUGGUCACGUCACUCCUUCAGAAAGUAUGGGACGAAGAGAAAAUGCAAGCAGAAUGA